UGCUUAAUUGUUUCCGGGUCGUCGGUUUGACCCCGGUUCAACACGCGUGUGGCAACAAACUGCAGCUUUUCACCAAAACACACCGGUGCACGUUACCACAAGCACCGGGGAGGGUUGAUAAAACCUCGGUUUGACCCUGCGGAGUGAGACGGAGAGUUCCUGCCGCCAUGGGUCCGCCUCGGUCGAAAAAGCGUCGCCCGACGUUCCGCCGCCUGUUGAAGACGAGCGGCGUGAAGCUGGAGAACAAGCUGAAGAACCGUCAGAUGAAGCAGCAGAACGUUGCCAAGAAGCAGCGCAAAGAACAGAAGAAGCUGAGACAGGCGGUGAAGGACGCCGCCAUCAGGACGCCGCGCCCAUUGGAGACGUACAGGAAGAGACCAGAGGAAGAGGAGGAUGAGGAGGAGUUUCUGGAGAGUCUGCCGACAGACAUGAUGGAGGACGACGACCUACAGCAGAUGACCGCCAUGGCUCGACAAGCCUCCUUCAUCACCAGAGACCUGUCGUCAUGCGGGCCAGUGCACGGCGGUAAGAAGCGGAGCUCAGAGGUCGUUCGGAGUUACGAGAAGGUGCCGAGGAAGAUGGCGAGGACAGAGGAGAAGGAGGUCAUCCACCUGCUGCCUAUCAAAGACAAGAGAGGAGUCAUCCCACAGAGUGUAGAGAGAGUUGUCAAAAAGCAGCAGCAGGAGGAGGAAGAGGAGGAAGAAGAAGCUGCUGACGAGCCAGACGAGUUAGAAAAUGAGGAGGAGCCAGAGAGCAUUGCAGAGUUGACAGCAGAGCAGCAGGAGCAGCUCAGAGUUCAGAAGAUCAACCAGAAGAAGCUGCUCAUCGCCAGCCUGGGAUCAGCCAUCAUCUCAGACCCCUUCGGUAACAUUAAGCGGGUGAAGGAGCUGCGUGGGAUGCUGAUGGAGUCGGACCCCUGUGUUGCGGUGACCGUCAGGAAGCUGGUGAUGGUUUCUCUGAUGGAGAUCUUUAAAGAUAUUGCCCCCACCUACAGGAUCCGCCCCCUGACCCCCGCAGAGAAGGCCGCCAAGGUGAAGAAGGAGACUCAGCAGCUCAGAGAGUUUGAAGAGGGUUUGGUCAGUCAGUACAAGUUCUACCUGGAGGACCUGGAGCAGACCAUCAAAGACUGGAAGCAGAAGAAGAAGAAGCGCAGUCAGGCGGUGGGUUUCCAGUCCUACCGCGGCCUGGCUGAAGUUGCCAUUCGUUGCCUGUGUGACUUGCUGCUCGCUCUGCCUCACUUCAACUUCCACAACAACAUCGUCGUCGUCCUGGUCCCACUCAUGAACGACCCCGUCAGGCAGGUGUCAGAUAUGUGUUGCGAUGCCUUCGGGUGUCUCUGUGCGUUACAGGUGUCAGAUAUGUGUUGCGAUGCCUUCAGGAAGCUCUUCCAGCAGGACAAAGUGGGCGUGGCCUCGUUGGCGACUGUGAGGGUUGUCUCCGGCCUCGUCAAGAACCUCAACUACAACGUCAGGCCUGAGGUGCUGAGGACCCUGCUGAGUCUGAGGAUUAAGGAGGUGGAGAUGAAGAAGGACAUAGAGGCCACGGCACCAAAGAAGAAGUUCAUGAAUAACAAAGAGAAGAAGAUCAAGCUGCACACAGAGACUCUGAACAUCGUCUUCCUCAUCUACUUCAGAAUUUUGAAGAAAGCUCAGAAGUCUGUUCUUCUUCCUGUUGUACUGGAGGGACUGGCCAAUUUUGCUCACCUGAUCAACCUGGAGUUCUUUGACGACCUGCUCAACGUGCUGCAGAGCCUCAUCCAGUCAGGAGAUGUGACCAAUCGGGAGAGUCUCCACUGCAUCCAGACCGUCUUCACCAUCCUGUCAGGACAAGGUGACGUGCUGAACAUCGACCCGCUCACCUUCUACUCUCAGCUCUACAAAAUGCUGCUGCGACUGCACGCAGGGGCGCCCAAUGAUGACAUCAUCAUCGUGCUGCGGUGCCUAAACGCCAUGCUGACCCGCCGCAGGAAGCAGGUGACCCUGCAGAGGGCGAUGGCAUUCGUCAAACGACUGAGCACGCUCAGUCUGCACGUGUUGCCCAACGCCAGCGUGGGGAUCCUCGCCGCCAACAGAGCCGCCAUGCAUUCAUUCCCUAAGUGUGACUUCCUACUGGAUAACGAGGUUCAAGGCAGCGGCUUCUACCUGCCAGAGCUGGACGAACCUGAACACUGCCACGCCCAAAACACAGCACUGUGGGAGCUACACACACUGAUGAGACAUUACCACCCGACGGUCCGCCAGUUCGCGGUUCACCUGUGUCAGGGAGCUCCCAGCGAAGGCUCGGCGGCGCUCGGACUGGAGCUGAGCCGCAGGUCUCCAGUGGAUCUGUUUGGUGAUUACAGUGUCAAAGACAUGACCUUUAAACCGCCAGUAGCACCGCCCGGCACCAAGAAGAAGGAUCGAUUCACGGCCGGAGCAACGCUGCUGGACGCCGAGCUGCAGAGACGAGCGCAGAGCGUCCUGACCGCCGCCGAGGACAGACAGCUGGACUUUACUGCAACACACACACCGAGCCAACACUGACACACAACACGCACGCACACACACACACUUUGAUACUGAGGUUUCUGCUGGUUCUUUUAGUCUGAAGAGCUUAAAAUAAAAAUCUUUUCUAACGAAUCUUAAAAACGUGAAUCCCUGUAAUGGGACUUGUCUUUAGGACCGAGACCGGUUUUUCCGUUAAAAUGACGCUUCGACAAGUUCAUGACAGAAAGACCAGUUUAUCCUUCAAAAUAAAAGCCUCAACUGCCCGUUACAGGCAGAAAGGGAAGUAGAAGAGAGCAGAGCACAAAAUGAAGAUCACAGUAAUAAUCAGAUCACCUUGAUAAGAUUUGAUGUAUUCUCUAAGAGCUUACGUAAAAGCGUUAUAUCCUUGACUUGAUGUAGAAGUCUUUUUGGUGUUUUAUUAGAAGAGAGUCUUUACUUUUCCUUUUAGAUUAUUUGUUCUCGUACAGACUGACGGUUGUAGUUUGGUUUAGCUGGAGACAAGCGGGGCCGGUCUUUCUGGAUAGAUGUGCUGACCUUUUGUGUUUGAAUCAUUUAUUCGUUUCAGAGUCCGUCUGUGUAUCACACCACUAAUGCUUAUCGUUAUUUUGGUGACUAUUCUACAUGACAUUCAUGUGGCAAACACUUUUGUCCAAAGAAGAGUCUGACCCAGAUGAGGGACCACAGGGUCCUCUGAGCGAUGGGACGGCUAAACAUCCAGAGGCAGAGGAGGCAGCGGUCGGGUCGGGGUGUAGGGUUUGACCGGGGCCUGGAGAUGGGAAGGAGCAGUUCCCACAAUGCUUUGGGGCAAGUAAGGAAGUAAAGGAACAUAAUGUUGCAGUAGAUUCACAGAG